CGAUGAAGUAAUAGAAUUUUCUAGAGCAGCAAGAAAAGUAUAAACGCCCGUCUAAAUUUCCAGAAGCGGAAGAAAUGGCGGUGAUCGAGCAAGAUUCCUCCGGCGAAGAAGAUUGCAAAUCGCAGCCUCGUGCGCCCGCAGCCGCGGCCUCGGGUUACAGUACGGACGGAUAUGAGACUGCCAGUGAUACCGAGCUGAACGACGCCGUUCCGGGACAGGAUACUCAUUCUCGCAGUAAUGGGGAUAGUGCUGAAAAUGGAAAGAGCUUCAGCAGUGAGGCAAACGGUAACGCAGACGGCCAAGUCAAGGUAGAACAACAGCGAGAGCAGACUGUUACAGUCGAUAAGGACGACGCUGAGAAAGCUUUAGCCCGAGCUAAUGAUGUAAAACUCGAGGGGAAUUUGUUGUUUAAAGAUGGACUAUAUGAAGAUGCGUUGUCCAAGUAUGGGUGUGCCAUACAAAAUGCGCCAGUUGGUGAUUCAUCCAGUGAAAUACGUUCGAUAUGUCAUGCAAACAGCGCUACUUGUUUCUUCAAAUUGCAAAAAUAUGAGGAGAGUGUUAAAGAGUGUACAAAGGCAUUAGAGCUGAACCCCACCUACAUGAAAGCUCUUUUAAGAAGAGCUGAGGCACGAGAAAAGCUUGAACAGUAUGAAGAAUCCAUUACUGAUAUGACUAAAGUCAUAGAACUGGAUCCAGCAAAUGAUCAAGCUAGGAGAGCUAUCAUACGUUUAAAGCCAUUGGCAGAUGAAAAGCGGGAAAAGAUGAAGGAAGAGAUGAUUGGAAAGCUGAAAGAAAUGGGGAAUUCCAUUCUUGGUCGUUUUGGGAUGAGCGUGGACAACUUUAAAGCCGUAAAGGAUCCAAAUACUGGAUCAUAUUCUGUGUCAUUUCAAAACUAGGCUAUGCUUUCCAACAUUUAUGCUGAAUGCAUCUGUGGUUAUGGGGUGACUGUUGUGGAAUAAGAGCUGUUAAAAUUAAGACACUGCUUAGUUGGGAGUAUUUGUGGUCAUUUAUUGUAAAACUUCUCAUUUUCUUAAUGCUGUAAGUUAUGUUUGUUA